AGUAGAAGUUAUAAAGAAUUAACGAAUAAAUUACUACCAAACUAGCCACUAUGAAAUCGAAACUGUGGCAACUCGGUCGUCAGCUAAAGCUGGCUAAGUUUGCGAGAAGCAACCCAACGAAAUCCCUAAAAGGUCUUAUCAAUCCCUUUAAAGCAGCUCUUGCGUCACCAACAAGAGUCGUUCAAUCAACCGCAAGACAAGCCCCACGCACGAUCCAUCGUUCAGCUUUUCAUCCAUUCGGUCAAUCACUCCUAGUUAAAUCCUCAACGAGACCAGCAUUUGGCAACUUCGCUAAUCGCACGUCGCAAGCUGGACUUGGAUCAGCGAGAACAUUUGCGACAGGUAGGGGUGCUAUAGAUGUUAUGCAGAACGUGAAUGUAUUUGCAAGAUGUGCACUCAACCAACUUGGCGAGCAUAAACUUUCAGCUCUGCAAUCAUCCUCUUUGAAACGCAAUCGCAAGCAGAAGAAUGAAUCAUUUGAACGUUUGCAGGACUUUAAAGACUACUUUGUCGUUCCAGAAUUCAAGACUGUACUCGCUGCACCAAUCUCAGCCUCUUUGUCACAUUUGUUAACUGACAAGCCAAAAGGAUCAGAAUGCGGAGAAUAUGCACUUUUUGACGAGGAAUUUGUCAAGGAUCUAAUCAACUUGAAAGUGUCCUCGAAGGUGCACUCCAAACGACUAGAUGUUUUAUGCGCGAGCGUGAAACCUAUAGCUGAUACUCUAGAAAUAACCAACAUUCCUGGUAACGAUUUGUUGAUUCUAAAGGCUACAUUCGAUGGUAUCACACCUAAUGAAGUUGAGGCGAUUAUACAGAAAAGAUUGGCUAGUUACUCAUUAGAUGAAAUCAAUAAUGCUCAUCUCAUGGCUGGAUGGUAUAGGCUUUAUCAAGUAAAUGAAGACGUUGUUUUACACGAUAUCGUUUCGCAGUCGUUCUGCCUUCCUGACCCUGCAUCGUCGCUUGAGUCUAGCUGGGCAUAAUACAACUACACUCUUUACGAUUUCUCUUGUAUUCUUAAUGUAUACCACCACUCUCACGAUUUAUUUGUUUUA